AUGUGCUGUGCUGAUGACACUACUCUGAGAGCUGAAAAUGCAAAUAAUCUGCAAACUCUGGUGAUGAAAGCCAAAGAGCAAGAACUGUUGCAAGCAGCUGCUGGAGAGGAGCUACAACUUUUGAUUACAACUUGUAUAAUUCUGUAUGGUGAUUUGCCAAAAAGUAAAGAGAAUGUGGUAUAUAUAUCAAAUCAUCAAAGCACAGUUGAUUGGAUUAUAGCAAAUAUGUUGGCCAUCAGGCAAAAUGCUAUUGGACAUAUUCGAUAUGUUUUGAAAGACGGAUUAAAAUGGCUUCCUUUGUACGGGUGUUAUUUUUCUCAGCAUGGUGGAGUGUAUGUGAAACGAAGUGCCAGAUUUAAUGAAAAGAAAAUGAGGAACAAGUUGCAUAUCCAGAUGAAAGCAAAAACUCCAAUGUACCUUGUGAUUUUUCCAGAAGGAACACGUUACAAUCCAGAGCUGCCCAAAGUCAUUGCAGAUAGUCAGUCAUAUGCUGAUAAGGAAGGUCUCACAGUACUGAAACAUGUGCUUACUCCACGGGUGAAAGCCAUUCAUGUUGCUGUUGAUUCAAUGAAGAGCUACUUAGAUGCAGUUUAUGAUGUUACAGUAGCCUACGAAGGUACUGUGGAUCAUAAAGGACAAAGGAAAGUGGCACCAUCCAUGACUGACUUUCUUUGUAAGGAGUGCCCAAGAAUUCAUAUCCAUAUUGAACGAAUUGAGCUAAAAGACAUUCCAGAAGAACAAAUGUUUAUGAGAAGAUGGCUUCACGAACGUUUUGAAGUCAAGGACAAAUUGCUAAUAGAAUUUUAUGAUGCAAAAGAUUCUCAAAGAAGAAAUAGGUUCCCAGGGAAAAGUGUUCACUCCAAACUAAGUCUCCAGAAAACAUUGCCAUCCUUAUUGUUUUUAAGCGGCNUUUUCUCUCUUGCUUUGCACAUCACUUCAAAUUCUUUCCUAAAUUUAUAUUAA